GCGGCGCGGAGCGCGCAGGGCCGCCGCGGAGCCUGGUGGCGGGGGCGGGCUCGCCCCGUCCCCGUCCCCGUCCCCGUCCCCGUCCCCGUCCCCGCCUGCGCCCUCCCGGCCUGCGAGUCCGCCCGGCUGCGGAUCACGUGGCGGUUGCCGGAGGCAGAGACUAGAGAGGAGAGGGAGGAAAAAAAAAAAAAAAAAAAAAAGCUCCUCAUUCCUUCUUCCACCGCCAUACUGUAUUUUAUAGUAACUCUCAUUUUUAUUCCUCCCUUUUACUCCCGCUCGUGGAAGGUUUUCCUGGAGAAUGAAGUGCGGUUUGGUUUCCUUGUCAACGGAAGAUGAAGUGAACAACUGAACAUCUCCCCAGUGCAGUUGCUCACAGGGUGAAUCCUUGGACAAGUCACUUAGAUGCAGAUCCUGAAAGGUUUUCAAGGCUCCAAUUAAUUCCAAAGGCGUCUUUAAAGGGUUAAAGCCAAGUGACCCAACCAUGACCGGCAAAACACAGACCAGCAAUGUCACCAAUAAGAACGACCCCAAGUCCAUCAACUCCAGAGUCUUCAUUGGCAAUCUGAACACAGCCAUUGUCAAAAAAGGUGACAUAGAGGCAAUCUUUGCAAAGUAUGGGAAAAUAGUUGGCUGCUCUGUGCACAAAGGCUACGCGUUUGUACAGUACAUGAGUGAGAGGCAUGCAAGGGCUGCAGUGGCAGGCGAAAAUGCCAGGAUCAUUGCAGGGCAGCCCCUAGAUAUCAACAUGGCAGGAGAACCAAAACCAUACAGACCCAAACCUGGCAACAAGCGACCACUGUCAGCACUUUACAGACUUGAAUCAAAAGAACCUUUCCUGUCAGUUGGUGGUUAUGUCUUCGAUUAUGAUUACUACAGGGAUGAUUUCUACAAUCGGUUGUUUGAUUAUCAUGGCCGUGUGCCCCCACCACCCCGCGCAGUGAUACCACUGAAGCGUCCUCGUGUGGCUGUGACAACUCGCAGAGGCAAAGGGGUAUUUUCCAUGAAAGGAGCAUCACGAUCCACGUCAAGUGGGGCUUCCUCCUCAGGAUCCAAAUCACCCACAUAUCUUCCACUGCCCCUUAUGUGGAGUGAUACUGUCCUUGGAAGCAUCUCUGGAAGAGGAAGAGAAAGAUCAGUGAAAUCAGAUGAGCUGCAAACAAUCAAGAAGGAAUUAACCCAAAUAAAAACAAAAAUUGACUCCUUGCUAGGGAGACUGGAAAAGAUUGAAAAACAGCAAAAAGCUGAGGCAGAAGCUCAAAAGAAACAAAUGGAAGAUAAUGCUGAUUUGAUUCAAGAGGAAUGCAUAUCAGAGAAUGCAGAUAACUCUACAGAAGAGCCAAUUGAAGGAGGGCCAGAUGCAGAUGGGGAUGGAGAAGAGAUGACUGAUGGGAUAGAGGAGGAUUUUGAUGAGGAUGGCAGCAAUGAGCUGUUUCUACAGAUCAAGUGAUGAGAUGUCAUGUGUGAACCCCCCAGAGGCUGAGAAGAGAAACUUCCCCACAAAAAAUUGUGAACUGCAGUUUCUUAUGGCUAGCAACACCUUUGAUUCGAUUUGUAUGAAAACUCAAUGUACUUAUUAAAAUGAACGUUAUCGUUCAAAUAUUAGAAUUUCCAUUUCUUAUAUGUUCUAAGCUGUACAAUUGUCAGAUUUUUAUGGUUUAGAUUGUAAAUGUGUUUUUCUCUGGCUAAUUAUUGGUAUUAUUUUUUUAAUUUUGAUGUCUUAAAGGCCAAUGUAUGUAUCAUAAUAAUAAGAAGGACAUAUUUAACAGGUGUGGGAAACACUGUAUACAAAUGUAUAUUUGUAAAAGCUAUUUUUAUGAUUAGCAUGUUUUACUGUUUUACCAUAUUUAAAGUCAGCUAAUAUUGCACUUCUUUGUUUACAGCUUAAUUCAAACAAGAUCAUUGUUAUGAUCAGUGUCUCAAUUAAAUAUGUUGUAUGGUAUUUUCCAUUAUUUUAUUUAUUUUGUUCCUCAAUUGAAAUAAUUAUAUUUACUAAUAGGGAUAGCUGCUAAAAAGUAAAAUUAUCAAAAUAUCAGAACAAUUCCCGGUAAACUGUAAAUUGGAUGCCCUUGCAAAUCUAUUUCUUCAGAAAAACACUCUGUGUGAUGCCAUCCACUAGCAUGGUUCUUACAGCUGUACCUGCUAGUCUCUCAGGGCAGUGUGUUGUUACUAUAUGAAAAGCUUACACAACAGUUAGUCUCCCAUCCAGCUAGGUAAAUGACUUACAGACUGCCAAUACCUGAGAGCCUGAGUUAACUUACUGGUAACUUUUUGUUUUAUUUUCUGGCAGUAGAGGCUUUCCACUCCCAAACCCCUAAAGCACUCCUAAAAGCAUGAAGGUGGAAUAAUUACUGAAGAUGUUGUAGGGGGAAUCUCAGUAUAGAAUUUCUUAAUAAAACAUAUCUCCUUUCAAAUGGAAUGGACGCAUUAUUUCUCUUGUUUUACUCAGAUAUGAAGUGUAUCAAAGCAUACAUGACAUGGGUACAAGGUUUUCUUCUCUGAUGAAAGUACAAACUUGUUCACCAUUCUGAAGCUAGGCCUACAUACUUUUACAGAUGAUGUGAAAAAAGGAAGAGAUAUCUACAUCCUUAUAUGAGAUGUACUCGUAUACAGGGAGACAUAUCUUUAAAGUGGUUGCAGAGAAAAAGAGUGACAUAAAAACAACAGCUUUCCAAGAGACAGAGACAUUAAAUUAAGAAGUACCUUACCCAGUCAAAUGGAGUGUAGUUGUGUGUCAGUCUGGAAUGCGGAGUUGUGACUUUCACUGAUAUCCAUGUCCUAUGGUAUCUGGUAUUUCAUCCAGCUCCACAAAGCUGAACCCUCGUCUUGCCCUUUUAAUUAUUCUCUGUGAGCUGAAAGCAAACGAAAAAAAUAAAGGCAUCAGUGAGUCUCUUCAAUAGAACAAACUUUUAAUUUCUGUAAAAAACAUAUGUUUGUGAGAUGUUGAGUUCACCAUAAAAUAAUGGGGUUAUGAGGAGGUGGGAGCUCAAGGACUCCAGUCAGGUUUCGAGCAUGGGGACCGUCAUCCAAAUGGACUGAUUCUCUUUGAAUGUCUUGGAAGAAAAUCAUAAAUUUGAAUUUAAUUAUCUAUUAAUGCAUGGGAAUUUACUUCAUUAGAAAAUUACAUAACACAGCACUCUCAGUACAUAUUAUAUUUAGCUUGUCUAUAGUCUGUGGAGCUACCUGAGUUUACCUGAGAACUGAAUAUUACCUAGCUAUUUAAUUAAGGAAGGAAGUUCCUUAUAAGUAGUUAUGCCUGAGCAUAAACAAUUGUAGCUUCAGAAUCUACCCAGGGUAACAGUCCCAGAAAAGUGCAAGAAAAAAUUAUUAUGCUACUGUGUAAGUGAAAUAUUAUGUCAAAUUAAAGUGUUAGUUUGCCUCUGACUAAUACCCUGGCUAUUUUUAAAUGAAAUUUUCUUUUUUUUUUUCCCUGGUAAUAUUGAGACUUAUAAUGCUUGUGGUGAAAUAUUUCUCCACUUUCUAUCCAUAGGUAUAGGUUAUUAUCAUUUUUACUUGCAAAAUGUAAAAAGAAUUGUCAUUUUGGGAUCUUCCAUGUUUGGCUAACAGUUAAAAAAGGAAGUCCAAACCUUAGCAACUCAGUGAGCAUUUUGCCUUGGUAAAUAUUUAAAUUAUGUAACUGUUGGAUGUCUUGGAUGUUGGAUGCAGAUUUUUUUAUCUAACAGCUCAAUUCUGAUAUUGUUGUUAAUAAACUACAUAUAAGAAACAGCUAAGUGUAUCACCUCUUUACCACCUCUGUUCCAAAUGAGCUACUAAUCACAGAAGUGCACUGUAUUAGAUUUUUACAAACUCUUUUCUGUCAUUAUCCUUACCUUAUAUAUUUACAGAAAUGAUUUCACAGUCUGUAUGUCAAGGCUCUUUCACACCACAGUUUAAGUCCUGAAAACAUUUUGAAUGCAAAAAGACCUCUGUGAUGAGAUCAUUAAGUACUAUUUCAUUUGCAAGCCACAAACUCAUGCCCUCCAGUCUAUUACUAGCAAGGUUUCUUAAUGGCAUGUUUGACUCAAAUAACUAAAAAGAAUGCUCAUAGCUUCAGCAGAGCUUGAUAUUUCUCUGCUUUUUAUGUAUGUGAUAGGCUCAGUGUUGUUUGUCAUCACCAUGUAUACUUGUUUUACAUGGCUUUUGUUAGUUUGCUUUAUGGUUGCUCAUCCUUUGCAGUACUGAAGAAUAAGAAACAUAAAGGAUCUUGUCAAUCAAUUUGGCUUAUCAGCAGUCCUACAAAAUCCUUUAUAUACAGUCCUGAAUUAAACCAGUUCAUUUUCUACACAGACCUACGCGCUCUGUGUUUCAGAUAUUGAUUUUAAGCCUGUGCAGCUGCAUGAAUGAAAAACAUUUGCUAAAAAAGCUUUACAGUUUGGAUCAAAAAAAAUUUUUUUACUUUUGUAAACGCUUGUAUUACAUAUUAUUGCUGGUUUGGUUAGUUUUCUGUGCAGAUCCAUUUUUAGUUCUGAAAAAUCAUUGUACUUAAACUAUGUAGAUAGCUACAAUCUUGUAAGCAGUCAUAUUUUUAAUAGGUAGUACUGAAAGUUAGAAUUAAAACAUUCAGGGUUUUCCCAUGUAGACCAGAUUUAUGGUUCAUGACAACUUUCUUUAAAAUGCUGUAACAUAAUUUUUACAUGUCUGUAAAUAAAUAUUUUCUCUGAUUUAUGCACUAA